CUCUAUUUUAGAAAUUGCUGAAUGAGCCAGUUCUCAAGCUGGUAGAAGCUAAGGAUGUUUGGUGGCUGAGCCAUGACAAGGCAACAAGCACGCUGAUGAAGUGCAUUCCUUCAGUGUUUACAAGUCUGGAACGGGAGGCUGAGGAAAGGAAUGAUGUCAGGGCAGCAGGACUUGCAAAGUUCACCCAGGACCAUCGCUUUGUAAUGUCUCUUCAUAUGAUGUGCGACACUCUACCUCAUCUCACAGAACUAUCAACUGCCAUGCAGGCCCCGGAUGCUAUUUACACUACUGUAAAACCACUUGUGACUGGUACACUGUCCAUUCUGCGGGGUCUGCAGUCCAUGCCAGGGGAGGCCUACCAGAGUGCAGUGCAGAGGGUAAAGGACCUUCAGGCCCAGGGGUUCAACAUCAAGCCUCCUUCUGAGCAAGAGACUGUAAAGUUUAGAGAGAAGGUGUUCAAUCCAUUUAUGGAGAACAUUGUAAAUAAUUUGGAGGGCCGGUUUCCAGAUCUGCCUCUUAUACAGAAGUUUGAGGUUUUUAACACAAGGAAGUUUCCUGAUGACAACAGCACCAGUCAUAGGGAAGAGGACAUCAAGAUGCUGGCUGAGCACUUUGGACAUGUGGUUGACAAGACCCUUCAUGAGUGGCGCCAAGUUAGGGAAUCCAUUGCUGACAGUGGGCUUGCUGCAGACAAGGCCAUGGAGUGGGUUACCAUAAAUUUGAAAGUCAGCCACACCAACCUCUUCAAACUUGCUGCUGUGGGGCUGUUGAUCCCUACAUCAACAUCAGACUGUGAGCGUGGAUUUUCCACCCUCAAGAGGGUUAAAACAACACACAGGGCAUCUUUGAGCCCACCUGUUCUCAACGCCAUCCUUACUGUUGGGAUGUUAGGACCAGCAAUAGAAAAGGUUGAUAUCAACUCCAUGGUGAAAAUCUGGCACAAGGAGAAACCAAGGCGUAGCCAGCUCUAGACAGUCAUGAAUUAACUGAUAUAACAUUAUUGUUUUAUAUUUUUGUGUGAUAUAUAUUUUUCUGUUAAAGUUAUUUGAAAAGACAAUAAAAUAUGUAAAUACUGAACACCUUUUGUUUGUCUUACCUCUCAUUAAAUAUGCACCAAAAUACACCAUUCCAUUGUAAGGUUUCAAAAAUUUUUCGACAUGCGGGAGGGCGGAAUCCCCCCUCCCACACCCACCCCCUCCAAGUUGCGCUUACA